AUGAUAACUAUUUCAGAAGAAUUAGAGAAUUAUUCUCUUUCAAAAUUUUUUGAAAAAUGUUAUUAUUAUUUAUUUAAAAAUUGGUCAACAACAACCACCACAACAACUGCAACUACAAAAACAAAAUUAAAUAAAAAUAAAAUUAGUAAAAAGAAUGAAAAAAAUCAUAUUUCACAUCAAACUCAAUAUAUAAAAAAUGACAAUAAUUCUUUAAAUAAUAGUAAUAGUAACUGUUGUAAUAGUAAUAAUAAUGAUAGUAAUAAUAAUAUAAAAUUAAAAAAUGAAAAAGAAGAAUUAAUUAAUAAUAAUAAUAAUGAAAAAAAAACAAUUUAUUCAUUAGUUGGAAUUGAAGAAGCACCAGAACAUUUAAAAAGAGAAUUUAUAUUGAAUGGAUAUAGGGUAGAUUUUUCAUAUUUAUUAUGUUUUAAAUCAGUGUUGAUAUUUGGACAUAACGAUUUCGCUAAUAUACAUAGUCAUUUAAUACCGGCAUUGUUUUUUAUGUAUACAUUGUGGGGAGUGUUGACAGGAUCGAGUGGAGGUUAUAACGAUUAUGCAACUUUUGAUAGCGGUGACAAGAUAGUGUUCACCAUAUUCAUUGGGGCAGCCAUCACCACCUACAUCCUGUCGUUCCUAUAUCAUACGUUUGGGUGCCACUCAUUAUGUACCUAUUCGAAAUUGUUGGUAUGUGAUUAUUUGGGAAUCAUCCUAUUGAUAGGGUCUAGUUUUUUUCCACCACUUUAUUAUUCGUUCAAGGCGAAUCAUAUCGGGUUAAUGAUAUUUUAUAUGGGUUCAAUUACAAUGUUGUGUUUGUUAUUGGCAAUCAUGGUUUUAAUACCAUCGUUGGCCGAUAAGAAUACUCUAAGAAAUACUUUAUUCUGUUUAACGGCUUUGUUUGGUAUUGUGCCUUCAAUUCACACACUUUUCAUUUACCCAGCCCAAGAGGUGUAUUACUUUAUAUUCCGUUUGGUUUGUAUGUUUUUAAUUUAUGGUGCUGGUUUAUUAGUUUACAUCUAUAGAAUUCCUGAAAGUUUAAUACCUGGUUAUUUCGAUUCAAUUGUAACAAGUCAUUCAGUUUGGCAUUUCUUUACUGCUUAUGCUACUUUUUUUAGUUUAAAUACUUAUUUAGAAUUAUAUAGUAAAAUUUCAAAUCUAUAA